AUGUCUACUGCUGCUGAAAUUUCAGAACCAAAAGCUAAAAAUGGUAUUAUGCAAAUGAUUAAAAAUGUUUUCGAUGGUGGUCAUAAACAUAAAGAUACUACUGGUACUAUUGCCAAUGAUGAUGCUACUACUAAAGUUAAUAAUGGUUCAAUUUUUGAAAAAUUAAAGAAACAAGUCGACAAAGUAUUCAAAGGUAAAUAA